AUUUGCAAAUGCGUGACAAGCUUCUUCUUGCUUGUGUAGAGCAAGGAACGUCUCACUUCUGGCCAGUGAAAUGGACCUAGAGCAAGAAGUAAAAGACAUUCUGUUCAAACAGAAACCACCCUUAGAUGUCCACGAGUUCCAGAAUGGCGACCCAAUUGAAGCGAAACGCGUCAGCUUACUGGCAAUUUCCAACCUGUAUGGCUUGACGGUGGUGGGCGGUGAGAAGGAGUUUCGUGUCUUUAUGACGGGCAAGUUGCUUGCACCUACAAAAGGAUAUGACGGUGUUCCUGUUGCGUUGCCGUCAGCUGGACUGUGCCACCUCGGGUUUUCAUGUGAUGAGUUGACGUUAUCUGCCUGUUGCUUUAAUGGUGACACGCUGAGCAUGUACUUCUAUGACGUCCGUGCAAUCAGCAAGACCAAGCCCAAUAUAUUAUUUUGUCAGGUGGAAGUGCCGAGUGAGCUUGUUGAUCUAAAAUGGCACCCAGCAGAAGCCACCAAGUUUGCGGCUGUUUUCGGCGACGGAGGGAUCGGUCUGUAUGAGAUUUAUGUACGCGAUGGCGGAAGGAGGUCACUGCAGCAGAUUCGCAGUGUGCCACCGGAUUCCGGAAUAAGUUGCCUUUGCUGGAGCCCCAAGGGCAAGCAGUUUGUUGUGGGCAAGCGGAACAGCACGGUGGAGCAGUAUGAUAUGACAUGUCAGCUGAAGAAACAGCACGGCCGGCCCUCGAGCGAUGUGUCGUCGCCAGUGCGUGACAUAUUGUGGUACUCAACAUACGAGUUCUUUGCCGUAUUCGACCAGGUGGAGAAUAAUGAGAUACGGCCGCGGGUUUACGGCCUGCUGGGCAAGAAAGGUGGUGAUAUGUCCUGGAUUAAUUUUGACGACAUCUACUUUGGAAUGGGAAGCGCACAUACGCACUACACGUUUGUUGCCAUCAGCGAGUGGGAUAUGAUCUUGUCAGUGUCGUCGCGCUCUCUGGAGGUGGUUGCUAUUGGCAAGAGUGCUAAUGGCAAGUGGCAGCACUGGACAUUUGAAGAUACCGGUCGUGCUGAACUGCCACUUGCUGGUGACGAUGAGCAGUACCCAACAGGUCUGGUGGUGGACAGGACAUCGACAGAAGGGUUGCAAAUGGACGAGAAAUCCCUACCUCCUGCGCCGAUUGUGAUGAUGUACUCCUCUCUUGGCAAGCUGUGUCCGUAUUCGCUGAUCAACAAACGUCCAGGCAUGCCUAGCAUCAACCAGAGUAGUCAGAAGCGACCACCAAUGCCUGCCAACUUGCAACAGGCCCAGGCUGCCCCAACCACACCGACAGCAGCACCCAGCUCAGCCCAGAAUCAGUCUCCUGCAACGAUCCUGUCCUCGACUGGAGUAUCCAAGCCUCUGGGUCAGCCACCAGCAUGGACAGCAGCAGCAGCGGUGCCGGCCAAUGUACCAGCUCCACCAUUUUCUAUUUUGGGACAAACUCCCUCUAGUACUUUGGCUGGUGGUAUGUUCUCCAGUGCAGCCAAGCCCGUCAGUCAGCCACCACCAUCACAAUCACCGGCAAUAAAAAUGAAAUUCGGAGGAGUCCCAUCAGCCGGAUCUUCAGCUUUGCAGCCAGCGGCAUCUGUUCAGCGUCCAACAGCACCACCCGCGGAAACAGAGGUUCGGUCACCUGACACCUUGCAACAGGCCAAGCCUCUGGACCAGCCACCACCAUGGACAGCAGCAGCAGCAGCGCCUGCCAAUGCACCAGCUCCACCAUUUUCUAUUUUGGGACAAACUCCCUCUAGUACUUUGGCUGGUGGUAUGUUCUCCAGUGCAGCCAAGCCCGUCAGUCAGCCACCACCAUCACAAUCACCGGCAAUAAAAAUGAAAUUCGGAGGAGCCCCAUCAGCCGGAUCUUCAGCUUUGCAGCCAGCGGCAUCUGUUCAGCGUCCAACAGCACCACCCGGGGAAGCAGAGGCUCAGUCACAGGCCAGGCCUCUGGACCAGCCACCACCAUGGACAGCAGCAGCAGCAGCAGCAGCAGCGCCUGCCAAUGCACCACCUCCAUCAUUUUCUUUGUUGGGUCAAACUCCCUCUAGUACUUUGGCUGGUGGUAUGCUCUCCAGUGCAGCCAAGCCCGUCAGUCAGCCACCACCAUCACAAUCACCGGCAAUAAAAAUGAAAUCCGGAGGAGCACCAUCAGCCGGAUCUUCAGCAUUGCAGCCAGCGGCAUCUGUUCAGCGUCCGACAGCACCACCCGGGGAAGCAGAGCCUCAGUCAUCUGACAACUUGCAACAGGCCAAGCCUCUAGACCAGCCACCAGCAUGGACAGCAGCAGCACCUGCCAAUGCACCAGCUCCAUCGUUUUCUUUGCUGGGACAAACUCCCUCUAGUACUUUGGCUGGUGGUAUGUUCUCCAAUGCAGCCAAGCCCGUCAGUCAGCCACCACCAUCACAAUCACCGGCAAUAAAAAUGAAAUUCGGGGAAGCACCAUCAGCCGUAUCUCCAGCUUUGCAGCCAGCGGUAAGCAGUGGAACAGGUUUAUCGGCACUGUCCUCUGCUCAAACAGCCCGCACUCCACUCUCUGCUGCUGCUGCUGCUGCUGCUGCAACGACAUCGUCGGCAGCAGCAAGUACUGCAGCGGCAUCUGUUCAGCGUCCAACAGCACCACCCAGGGAAGCAGAGCCUCGGUCACCGUUGAAAAGCAGUGUUACUGACAUGCUAGCUCUUUUAGAGAAGCAGAUUGCCUCCACCAUCUCCAAGCCAACGGUGUUGAUCGGCAAUCAGAAAGACCUAGAAAUCCUACGGGCUCGCAUCAAUGAGUUAACUGACACUGUAUCAACCGUUGAUACGGACAGGAGUCAACUGUCCCAACAAGUGUCAAGCUUGCGAGAGGGCAUACUGGAGUCACAUGCACGUCUACAGGAGGCUGAAGUCCUCCAUUGCCGCUUCCGCGAUCCACAGCAGGUCAAGUUGCUACGCAACCGGCCGCUUGACUCAUCGUUAGAGGAAAAGAAUGCUGAACGACUGAAGACGUCUCGGGAGAUAAAGCGUUCCAUCAUUGAGUUGAACAAUAUUCUUGACUCAGGAUGGCAGCGUCAGCACGAAGCUCCUAAGAUGCGGCAGCCAGCAUUAGGCGAUGUCUACAAGGCCCUAAAGGUACACCGCCACACCAUUGUGAAGCUUUCACAGGACCUAGAUAGCAUCAGAUCCAAGACAACAGGCAUGAAGCUGUCCACCGUGCCCAUGUACACAUCAACUCCGGCGCCAAAGACAUUGCAGAGCAUUGGCACGCAGCAUGGCCAUGCUGCCCACUUGACUGGGGCUAGUCGCAGCAAUCAGAGCAGUGGAACUUCUCGGUCGUCAUUCGCUUUGAAUGAAUCGCGUGUAAAGCAAGUGUAUGCCCUACUGUCUCAACGAGCUGCCAACCAAGCACCGUCUUUUCAUCAAGAAAAGGUCUAUACUCCCAAGCCACGUACGGACCUCGCUGCUGCGGGUCGAAGUAAUGUCGGAGUGCUGGCUACAUCUUCUGGCAAACCUGCUAGUUCUGGUAGUGCUGGUCCUGGUGUGGCUGGCCUGCGUUCGAAGGCACUGUUCUCUGCUGUUGCACCGAACUCAACAACACCAUCAACAAAACCUGCUCCAACUGGUUUGUUCUCUACUGUUACAACAAACACAACAACAGCAUCAACGAAACCUGCUCCCACUGGUUUGUUCUCUACUGUUACAACGAACACAACAACAGCAUCAACAAAACCUGCUCCCACUGGUUUGUUCUCUGGUGUUACAGCGAAUACAACAGUAACAACAUCCACAGUGCCUUCUCAAAGUGGUUUGUUCUCUGCCCUGACAACUAGAACAGCAACAGCGGCAGCAACCACAACUGCAUCAGCAAAACCUGCUCAAGGUGGCUUAUUCUCUACCUCAACUACUGUUUCCAGUACUCCUGGUGGUGAUGCUACUGGUGUGAAAUCACUUGCUACUCCAGCUACAAAACAACAGCAGUCACGCCAGACAAGCCCGCCUAAUGCAGUAUUGAAUGCCGGUGCUACUGGGCCUUCUGCUGCUUCUGUUAGUUCUCUAAUGUCUGCUUCGCCUGUUUCUCCCGCUGCUGCAACUGCUGCUUCCACUGUUGCCUCCAUUGUUGCCUCCGCACCAGCACUUGGAUCAGCUCAAAUCCCUGCCAGCGGUCUUUUCUCCAGUCGAAAUAAUGUUGGAGUGCCGGCUCCAUCUUCUGGCAAACCUCCUAGUUCUGGUAGUGCUAGUCCUGCUGGGGGUCUCGUGGGAUCCAGCAGCAUGCUAUCUGCGCUGGGUGCAUCACUCUCCAGUUCAUCUUUAUCUUCUCAAGCUGGCAGCGGGGUGUCUUCUGCAGCCACCUCAGCUACACCAACAUUGUCUUCUAAACCCGGUGGCCUGUUCUCUGCCCCGACAGCAACAGCAGCAGCUUCAGCAACAGCGGCAGCAACCACAACUGCAUCAGCGAAACCUGCUCAAGGUGGCUUAUUCUCUGCCCUGACAGCUACAACAGCUGCAGCAAGCACAACUGCAUCAGCAAAACCUGCUCAAGGUGGCUUAUUCUCUGCCCUGACAACUACAACAGCAACCACAACUGCAUCAGCUAAACCUGCUCAAGGUGGCUUAUUCUCUGCCCUGGCAACUACAACAGCAACAGUGGCAGCAACCACAACUGCAUCAGCAAAACCUGCUCAAGCUGGCUUAUUCUCUUCCUCAACUACUGUUUCCAGUACUCCUGGUGGUGAUGCUACUGGUGUGAAAUCACUUGCUACUCCAGCUGCAAAAGAACAGCAGUCACGCCAGACAAGCCCACUUAGUACAGCAUUGAAUGCUGGUGCCACUGAGCCUUCUGCUGCUUCUGUUAGUUCUCCAACUUCUGCUUCGCCUGUUUCUCCCUCUGCUGCAACUGCUGCUUCUACUGUUGCCUCCGUACCGGCACUUGGAUCAGCUCAAACCCCUGCCAGCGGUCUUUUCUCCAGUAAUGCGACGACUGGCAGCACUCUCCCGUCCUCUGGUAUACUGUUCAAUGCCGGCAAACCAGCUGGUCCUGGUAGUGCUAGUCCUGCUGGGGGUCUCUUUGCAAAUGCAUCUGCUGCAGGAUCCAGCAGCAUGCUAUCUGCGCCGGGUGCGUCACUCUCCAGUUCAUCUUUGUUUUCUCAAGCUGGCAGCGGGGUGUCUUCUGCAGCCACCUCAACUACACCAACAUUGUCUUCUAAACCCGGUGGCCUGUUCUCUGCCCCGACAGCGUCAGCAGCUUCAGCUACACCUCAGAGUGGCGGGUUUUCUUUUUCAGCAGCAGCAAACACACCUCAGAGUGGCUUGUCCGCUGCUCCUGCUACGGCAACAUUAUCAACCAACCCCCCUAGCGGUUUAUUCGCUGCUCUUUCAACAGUAACUACGACAGCAGCCACAACACUAACAGCUUCAUCAAAACCUUCUCAGGGUGGUUUGUUCUCUGCCCUGACAACUACAACAGCAACAGCGGCAGCAACCACAACUGCAUCAGCAAAACCUGCUCAAGGUGGUUUAUUUUCUACCUCUACUUCUGGUGGUAAUGCUACUGGUGUGAAAUCACUUGCUACUCCAGCUACGAAACAACAGCAGUCAUCCCAGACAAGCCCGCCUAAUACAGCACUGAAUGCUGGUGCCACCGGGCCUUCUGCUGCUUCUGUUAGUUCUCUAAUGUCUGCUUCGCCUGUUUCUCCCGCUGCUGCAACUGCUGCUUCUACUGUUGCCUCCACACCAGCAUUUGGAUCAGCUCAAAUCCCUGCUGGCGGUCUUUUCUCCAGUAGUGUGACUGGCAGCACUCUCCCAUCCUCUGGUAAACUGUUCAACGCUUCGCUCUUCAGUUCUUCUGCUUCCCAAGCAGGCAUUGGUGGGCAAGCUAAACCUCCCGGUGGCCUGUUCUCGACUCCCACAGCGACUGCUAGUGGUGGUGUUGGUGCGGCGGCGGCCACUGCUUUUGCUCUUCCGACUGCUGCUGCGAGUGCUUCGCCAGUGUUCGGGGGUUCAUCAGCCCCGUUCGGUGGGGCUGCGUCAUUUGGUAGCAGCACUCCAGCUUUUAGUAAGGGUCUGUCACUGGCUGGUGGGGCUGGUAGCACAGGUGCAUUUGGUGGCGGAGCAGUGUUUGGUGGGCAGGGAGCUCAAACACUCCAGGCCUCACCUCCUCAACCCGGCUGGACGUUUGGCGGCGGGUCAUCAGCCCCUGCUCCGGGUGGUUUUGGUGCCGUGGCUGCCAGUGGUGGUGGGUCUGGUUUUGCUGCUGCUGCUGCCGCCAGUGGAGGAUCCGGCGGCUUUGGUGGUCUCGCUAAUGCUGGACAACAGCAGCAGCAGACCCCUGGUGGAAUGUCAAUGAACAUGAAUGCGAUUGGUGGAUUUGGUGGACACAGAGGUUAACUGUUUUAUCGGUGUUAGUUUUCUACUCUUUUGAGUGGGCAUUUGCUCGUUAUUUGACUCUUUUUGUAAAACGCACUGUGUGUGUGUGUGUGGGUGGGUGGGUGUGUCCCGGUCUUUUUUUUGUCUUUUACUGAAUGUUACAGAGGUUAACUGUUUUAUCGGUGUUAGUUUUCUACUCUUUUGAGUGGGCAUUUGCUCGUUAUUUGACUCUUUUUGUAGAACGCACCGUGUGUGUGGGUGUGUGUGUGGGUGGGUGGGUGUGUGUGUGGGUGGGUGUGUCCCCGGUCUUUUUUUUGUCUUUUACUGAAUGUUACGUGCUAGCGUAGUUUCCUUUGCUUUUUUGGAUCUACAUUCUAUUUUUUAGCGUCAAUGAGAGGAAGAAUGCCAUACCUCCCUUAGCUCUUCCAAUUGUUUCUAUUAUUACCAGCAAUGCUGUACUGUGUAUCACCACCCUGUGCAGCUGUAACUACACUGCAGAUGCACUUGCCUGAAA